AUGAAUUAAAAUAAACAUAAUAAAAGGCAAAAAAAACUUCAGAAAUAGAAAAGUAUUAAAAUGAUAACAAAGAUAUGUUAAAUGAUAUUCAUAAAGACAUAUAAAACUCCUCCAACUAAUAAGUGUUUAAAUAGAUUUUGCAUUAAUAAGUGGGAGCAAAUAAUAAUGAAUAAGAAUUUGGAAUUCAUGAUUUUGAUUCUAUAAAAGAAUUUUCAAGAUAUUUCCCUCAUAAUAACAUAUCAGUAGUUUGUUUCAGAUUUAAAUAGAAUUUAAUUUAAAAAAAUUUGCUUAAGAGGUAUAUUUAAAACCACUCUGAAGAAAUCCUUUAAAAAUUAAAAUUCAAAAGUAUAAGUGGGUUACACUCUUUAUUGGUGA